GGAGAAAAAAGUCACAAUAAACUUCAUUUGUUUUUCAACUCUCAAACCAAUUCAGUCGCCGUCGCCGUCGCCACCGUCAGUGUCGACGUCGCUUUUUUUCUCAUCAGAAAGUUUCGAGUGGUGGAAGGAAGGAGUGUUCUGCAAAUUUGUUAAUACAUUUUGAAGUUUGUGGUGAUUUCAGGGUUUUUAUUCUGUGACACUCCAAAUUCCAUUGAAGAAGCCUAUUGAGUUUGGGGGUGUAAGAGCGGGACACCCAGAUACAGAUACGACCAUGUCAUAUCGCUCUGCACAAUCUCAGUCAGCUGGGAACAAGGGUUUCAGCAAAACUGAGAAGAUCUUCGUGGCUAAAAAUCAAGACCAAGAACAAAAUCAAAAUCGAAAUCCAAUAUCAAAGAAACCAAGCCCAAGUUCGACAUUGUCUAAUUCUCUUAGGCAAUCACUUUCACAGCCAUCUAAUGCUACAGCUUCGGGGAGUAAGGUUCAAAUUGGUAACAAUGGAGGCGCGAAAUUGAGUGGAGAUGGAAAGUUUGUUAAUUACUUGCCCCAGGAUGAGGCUGUGGCAGCUGGGUUUGGUGCUGAUGAAGGUGGACUGGAUCCAGUUGAGUCUCAAAGAGUUGUGGAUCUUUUGAAUCGAGAGCUUUCUCGUUUGCUUAAGUUGAAUCCUAAAGAAUUUUGGAGGGAAGUGGCUCUGGACACUUCUUUGCGUGAUUUCUUGGAUAGCUUUUUACAGUUUAGGAGUAGAUGGUAUGAUUUCCCUCAUCAUGGAGUCAAGGGAACUGUUGCAGGGGUCAUUGUUGGAGAGUAUGAUCUAAGCCGCCGUGUAUUUAUGGUCUUCUAUCGCAUAUCAUCCAAUAGGGAUCCAGGGGCUCGUGCUGCUGACAGCCUCAGUGUAAAAGACCAUGGAGUUCUUUUGCAGGAAAAGAAGUUGCUUGACUUGCCUAUGUUGUUAGAUAUAUGUGCUCUAUAUGGUCAUGAAAAUGAAGAGUUGACCAGGGUUUUGGUGAGGAAUGCUUUAAAUGCCCAACCUAUAAUUCAUGAAAAUUUGGCUUCAGUAGUGUCACAGUUUCUGAGCAUUACUCACACAAUGCAUCAACGUUGCAGCACAUCCCUGGAGGUUUUGUUCUCUUCGGGCAGUCAUGGAGACCUUGGAUCUAGUCGUCUUCAUGUUGAUAUGCAGGAGGUAAUGGAUUUCAUCAAUGAUGCGAUUGUAUCAAUGGACGCAUUUGUUGGUGCAUACAAACCUGCGGCUUUGUUCUUUUCAAACCCUGUUGAAAUUAGUGAUGGGAAUGAAGAGCUACUGUGCACUCUUGCAAAGUUGCACGAUUCCUUCCUUCCUUCUCUACAGCGUGGUUUCCAUGUGCUUUUAACAUCCAAAGAAGAUCAAAUGAUGUCUAGUAUUAACGUGGGCUUGAAACUGUUAGCAACGAGAAUAAUCAAGUUUGGAUGGAAGUUAUUGGACAUCUGCUAUUUGAGUGAUGAGGUGUUCGAAGAUAAUCUUCCCGUACAAGCUGCAACAAAAAUGUUCCCAGCCAAUAUUGAAGAUCCUGUUAUAAGGGCUGAUAUAUUAAUUCAAACGUUUAGAGAAAUCGCUACAGUGUCAGUAUCUAGUCCAGAGAACCAGAGCAGAGAAACAUUUCUUCAACAUAUUGAAAAGAACUUCAAUAUAAUGAGUAAAUUGGAGAAUCUACAAGAAACUGGAUGGAUAUUCGUUGAUAAUGAGCAACUCGAGUACUUGUCGGGGAUAUUCAUGUCCUCUAAGAAGGCCACUGUGAAGGAACUCCCUACUAUGCAAAACCCUGUUACAAGCACCAAAGUACAGAUGGAUGAGGAUGCUGCAAUUAUGGAGUCUAAAAUAAGUCAAAUAAAAGAUUUAUUCCCCGAUUAUGGUAAGGGAUUCUUGGCUGCCUGUCUUGAAGCUUACAACCAGAAUCCUGAAGAGGUGAUUCAGAGGGUUCUCGAGGGAACUCUUCAUGAAGAUCUUCGAAACAUGGAUACUUCAUUGGAGACGAUGCCUAUACCCAAGGCGGCUGCUACAGUCGUUGGCAAGAACGAUAAAGGGAAAGGAAAAUUGGUUGAAUCUGUACCAGUAUCCUCUCCCAACUCAAAUUUAAUUCCUGGGGAAAGGGUGCAACAGAGGGAAUCUUCUUCGGUUUCAUCUUCAUCUACUCAUGGAAGGUUUGUUAGGAAGUCUAAUGCUAAUGUGCUUGAUUCUAGUACUCUUGAUGAUAAAAACCAGAUGGAUUCAUCGAGAACGGCUGCUCUUAUUUCGCAAUAUGAAUACGAUGAUGAGUACGAUGACUCUUUCGAUGACCUUGGCCUGAGCGUGGGAGAUUCAGGGUUGGAUGAAAAUCAGAGUUUGAGUGACAAAAUUAACUCCAACAUGGGGAAAACUUGGCAGAAAGAGACUACUGAAGGUGGCUCUUCCCAGAAUAAUAAUACUAAUUCGAAAUGGGGCUCGAAAAAGAAACCGCAGUAUUAUGUGAAGGACGGUAAGAAUUACAGUUACAAAGUUGAAGGUUCGGUUGCAGUUGCAAACGCUGGCGAAGCAUCGUUACUUACUCAGGCUCAGCAAGAACUUAUCCAUGGCCUCGGCCGUGGUGGCAACCUUCCACUUGGUGCUGUGAAGAAGUUGAUAGAGGCCUCUAAUGACCAAGAUAAGCAGGAGCAACACAAACAACAACAACAACAACAACAAGAUGUUACCGAGACUGAAGGAAACCGAUUUGGGAAUAAUACUAGAGGAUGGGGAAGGGGAAGGAGGGGAGGUGGCCGAGCCAACGGGGAGGAACAAGAUAAGAGGUUUGGGGUUUCAGAAGGUGAAGAAGUGAGAGAUAAUGCCGGGAAUUUCAGGGGAAGAGGAAGGCGAGGAGGAGGCGGUGGCGGCGGUGGAAGGAACAACCAUUACCGAAAGGAUCGUGCCAAUGCAAAACACUUUUCUGGACUAAGUGGUUAUUAGGGAGAGUAACCUUCAAGUUUCAACCAUUUUGACCUUCACUCAGGUUUCUUUCACUUUCACAAUCAGUUGUAAAUUGAAACUUAUUUUUUAUGGUUUAAACUUUGGUAAGUUUUAUAGUUGAAAAGCUUUGAUAAAGUAUGACCACAACUGCUUAAGAAGAUGAGAACAACAGUAAUUAUUUUUGGUCAGUUCUCCAAACAAAAUGGAAGUGUUUGUUUUAAAAGUGUCAUGUGUAAAACAGAACUCUAUUACAUUGAUGAUGAUACAUGAUAACUCUAAUUUUACACCAA